UAAACGCGUGGGAAAUUGCUAGAGGCACAUUCACUGAAUUGCGUCGAGGACAGGUUCGACGACGGAGGAGAGAUCAAGAUAUUUAGUGAUAGCAUUUAGAAAUUGCCAAAUGCGGUUCAAUCACGAAAUCGCGUUCCAUUCGAUUAUUCGGUUUCGUGGGCUGGGCCAAAUGACAGUCGCUGCUGCUGCUGUCAAAACGGUGGCUUGCAGUCAAAACAAACAACAGAGCUUCAUCCGCGUACGGACGGCAUUUUUCGACGGGGAAGCUCCGUGAUUCGGGAUUCCGGUGUGAUUUACCUUCAUUUUAUCAUUACGAGGUAAUUCCUGGUGCAACAGACCUGCUGAGUGUAAAAAUCCGCGAAGAAGCAACCAGGGCAGCAGGCAACCAGCAGCAGCGGUAUGGCAUCACCUUCGCAAAACAAUGCCACAUUGGGCACAGCAGGCACUACGAACCCAUCGAUAACGACAAACUCAUCGAAUACAAAAGCAAGUUCCGGUAACGCUGCCAGCGGAACUUCUUCCGGUGCUGGUUCAAGUGAUGGUGCCACCCAGCUGCUUACAAAACCGCGCCUCCAGGAGCUGGUGCGUGAGAUUGACCCAACGGAGCAGCUGGACGAAGAGGUGGAAGAACUGCUGUUGCAGAUUGCGGACGACUUUGUCGAGAACACGGUCAACGCGGCGUGUCUGCUGGCGAAACAUCGAAAAGUGCCGAAGGUGGAAGUGCGUGAUGUACAGUUGCAUUUAGAGCGCAACUGGAACAUGUGGAUCCCUGGAUUCGGUACGGACGAGCUGAGACCCUACAAGCGAGCCACCGUGACCGAGGCCCACAAACAGCGGCUUGCUCUAAUAAGAAAGGCAAUCAAAAAGUAUUAGCCCGUCCAUUCACUAGCAAUAUCGAUAAUACUAAUAAUAAUCAUUCGAAAUCGACACAACA